AGAGAGAGAGAGAAAGAGGAGAGAGAGAGGAGGAGGAGGAGAAGAAGGCGCCCCGGAGGGAGCCGGACGGAGGAGAGAAGAGAGAAGAGAGAGGAGCCAGGACGAAGGAGACUCUUGGAAGGAGAAAGAGAGAGAGAGAAAGGGAUGAACCCGCUUCUGGACUCGCUCGCUGCCUCCUGUGGGGACUCUUUCGGGGCUUGAAUCCGGUUUGGUUUCGUUUUGGAGACUGAUUGAGAGCUCGUUCCGUGGGAUCUGGGCAAGGAAAGUAGAGAAGGAGCGCGGGUCUUGUCUCCUUGCGGGGCGAGGGUCCGGCCAUGGCGCUGGCCUAGCCCCCCCCCCCCCCACCGCCCCGCUUCUUCCCCGCCCCGGCGGGCGCCCCGAUGCGAGACCCGGCGGGCUUCUCGGGCUCGGCCAUGGCCUACCACCCGUUCCACGCGCCGCGGCCCUCCGACUUCCCCAUGUCCGCCUUCCUGGCCGCCGCCCAGCCCUCCUUCUUCCCGGCCCUGGCCCUCCCGCCCGCCGCCGCCGCCGCCCUGGCCAAGCCGCUGCCCGAGCCCGCCGACGCCGUGGCCGGACUCCACGCCGCCUCCGCCGCCGCCCUGGCCCACCACGCGCACGCCCACGCCCACCCCCACGCGCACCCCGCCGCCGCCCCGCACCUGCGCGCCCUCAAGGGCCUGGAGCCCGAGGAGGAGAUGGGCGCCGAGGACGACCCCAAGGUCACCCUCGAGGCCAAGGAGCUCUGGGACCAGUUCCACAAGCUGGGCACCGAGAUGGUCAUCACCAAGUCCGGCAGGCGCAUGUUCCCUCCGUUCAAAGUCCGGGUGAGCGGCCUGGACAAGAAAGCCAAGUACAUCCUGCUGAUGGACAUCGUGGCUGCCGACGACUGUCGCUACAAGUUCCACAACUCCCGCUGGAUGGUGGCCGGGAAGGCCGACCCGGAGAUGCCCAAGAGGAUGUACAUCCACCCGGACAGCCCGGCCACCGGCGAGCAGUGGAUGGCCAAGCCCGUCGCCUUCCACAAGCUCAAGCUCACCAACAACAUCUCCGACAAGCACGGCUUUACCAUCCUGAACUCCAUGCACAAGUACCAGCCCCGGUUCCACAUCGUGAGGGCCAACGACAUCCUCAAGUUACCGUACAGCACUUUCCGAACAUACGUGUUCCCAGAGACCGACUUCAUUGCGGUCACGGCUUACCAGAACGACAAGAUCACCCAGCUGAAAAUAGACAACAACCCCUUUGCAAAGGGAUUUCGCGAUACCGGGAAUGGAAGACGAGAAAAAAGGAAACAGCUGACUCUCCCAUCUCUGCGCAUGUACGAAGACCAGUGCAAACCCGACCGAGACGGGGCCGAGUCGGACGCGUCCUCGUGUGAACCCAACACGGGCCGGGACUCGCUCCACUCGCCUUUGGGGACCACAACGUCCAGUCCCGUCCGGCCUCAUCAUCAUCGCAACAGCAGAGCAGAAGACAAAGGCAGUGACCCGGAGUCGGAGAAGCUCCCGGAAGGGAAGAGGCCGAGCCCGGAGCCACCGGGGGCCUGCAGCCCGCGCAGCAGCGCCAGCGAAGAGAGGGGCCAGGAGCGGACCCCCAAGGGCAAGGAGGCCUCCAAGGAGGGCCACGGCGAGGGCCCGCUCUUCAGCCCCUUGGGCCUGGAGAAGGACAAGAUGGAGGGCAAGAGGAAAGAGCAGCCGCAGACACCGCAGCCGGAGGGGUCCAAGAAGGAGGCCGCCCCCGAGUGCCGGCCCCUGGGGGUCAGCAAGGAGUCCUUCUCCCCACUCAUGGUCCAGACGGACAGCCCCCCGCACCUCAGCACCGGCCACCUCCAGAGCCUGGCCCUCUCCAGCCUCCACGGGCAGCAGUUCUUCAACCCGCUCAGCGCCGGGCAGCCCUUCUUCAUCCACCCGGGACAGUUCGCCAUGGCGCCGGGGGCCUUCUCCGCCAUGGGCAUGGGACACUUGCUGGCCUCCGUGGCCGGCGCCGGGGCCCUGGAAAACGGGGGUCUCUCCGCCGCCGGGCAAGCCGCCGCCGGCACCGCCACCCCUUUCCCCUUCCACCUCUCCCAGCACAUGUUGGCGUCUCAGGGAAUCCCGGUGCCUACUUUUGGAGGACUCUUCCCCUACCCGUACACUUACAUGGCGGCAGCUGCCGCGGCUGCGUCUGCCAUGCCGGCCACCAGCACGGCCACCGCCGGCUCUCUGUCGCGGAACCCCUUCCUGAGUAGCGCCCGGCCUCGCCUCCGCUUCAGCCCCUACCAGAUCCCGGUGGCCAUCCCGCCCAGCACCAACCUCUUGACCACUGGCCUGCCCACCAGUCUGAACGCCGGCUCCGAAGGCUCCAAGCCCAGCAGCAGCCGGGAAUCGAGCCCUCUCUCGGAUCUCCCGCUCCCCAAACCCGGCAGCCAACGGGCCUCCUUGUCCCCCAAGGGAUCCUUGAAGGAUUCCAUCAACGAGCUCCAGAACAUCCAAAGACUGGUCAGCGGUUUGGAAACCCAGCGAGAAGUUUCUCCUGGUCGAGAGUCGCCCAAGUGACCGCCCAACUUCGAAGACCCGGGCAGGAGAUUAUGUGUACAGCACAGUAUAAAUAUUUAUUUUUUAGGGGAAGGAAGAGUGGGCUCGGAGGUGGGGCAGGAUGGAGAGUGGAGAACAUCUACAAGGACAUCUACAAGGAGGAGGAUCUGCUGCAGCCCAGGGACAAAACCAAAGAGACGGCACGGUUGUGGACCCCGGGUUCUGUCACACUCCAGAUCUACCGUUUUCUUGGGCUUUCCUCUCGCUGAAGGAUCCAGCUCCAUAUUCUUAGUUUUGGCCAGAAAAAAAAAUGGCUAAACUAGAAUCUCUGGUUUGCAGUAACUUACAAGCUCAUGCAUGGAUGGAGUUGAAGACCAUGAUGGUGGAAGAUAGUUUAGAAGACCAUGGUGGUAGGAGAUCAUUUAGAAGGCCAUGAUGGUAUAAAAUGGUGGGGAUUUUCUUCAUAUGGAAGAUCCUGGUGGUAGGAGAGGACCUGGAAGACCAUGAUGGUGAGAGAUGAUAGAGAUUCGACCUGUGAGGAAGAUCUUGAUGGCAACCGUUGAUCUUGAAAACCAUGAUGGUGGGAGAUGAUCUUGAAGACCAUGAUGCUGACAGUCGAUCGUGAAGACCAUGAUGGUGGGAGAUGACUUGAAGACCGUGAUGGUGGGAAAUGAUCUUGAAGACAAUGAUGGUGGGAAAUUAUCUUGAAGACCACGAUGGUAGGAAAUUAUCUUGAAGACAAUGAUGGUGGGAAGUGAUCUUGAAGACCACGAUGGUGGGAAAUGAUCUUGAAGACCAUGAUGCUGACAGUUGAUCUUGAAAACCAUGAUGGUGGGAGAUGAUCGUGAAGACCAUGAUGGUGGAAAACGAUCUUGAAGACCACAAUGGUGGGAAAUGAUCUUGAAGACCUCAAUGGUGGGAGAUGAUCGUGAAGACAAUGAUGGUGGGAGAUGAUCGUGAAGACCAUGAUGGUGGGAAAUGAUCUUGAAGACCACGAUGGUGGGAAAUGAUCUUGAAGACCAUGAUGGUGGGAAAUGAUCCUGAAGACCACAAUGCUAACAGUUGAUCUUGAAGACCACGAUAGUGGGAGAUGAUCUUGAAGACCACAAUGCUGGGAAAUUAUCUUGAAGACCAUGAUGGUGGGAGAUGAUCUUGAAGACCACGAUGCUGGGAGAUGAUAGGAAAGUCCAUCUUCUUCUAAUUAUUUUGUGUGUGAGCGUGUAUGUGCAUAAAUCAACCUUAUUGGAGAUAUAACUUGUUCCUUUCUACAUAUAAAGAUGACAUUUCCAAACAGGGAUGUUGGUUUGGAAAUCGUCUUUCAUAUCUUAAAGACAAUGGAGAGAAAAAAAUUUGAUUUCUUUUCUUUCAACAAGGUUCAGGCCGGUUGGAUGCCAGACAAGCAUUUCGAAGACAGUAAAUAUAUAUAUAUAUAUAUAUAAAUAUAAGAGGAAAGCAAAGUUUGUACUGCUUGCAGGUAUCUUCUUCACAUCCGAAAAACCGAAACGACACUUGGAUUUUCAGAAUUGGUACAAUCGUUGUGACCCCCUCCCCGUUUUCGGACCUGUGUUUAAAAAAAAUGAAAAAGAAUUAAAAAAGAAGCCUAAUAUUUAUGGAAUAAAUGGUAAUUUGUGUAAAUAAGCUCUACGAAUCCCAAGAUAUGCAAAAAUCGGUAUUAAUUUAUUUAGGGUUGUACAUUGGCGUGUACAUAAUGAAGAGUUUUAACUCAUCGCAUUUAAUUGCUCUUUCUUGUCUCUUUGUUUCAUCUUGUACGAGAUCUAUUUAGCUCUUUGUGGAUGGAAGAAAAUAUGGGUUUUCUUUUCGACUUUGGUGUCUAAAUAAAAAAAUAAUAAUACUGGUGACAAUCAAGACAAUCACGUGCCAUUUGGGGGAGAAAAAGGAGAGAAAAAGAACAUAUUCUUCCCAAAGUUUAGAACAAUUUGAUAUUGAAUUAAUGGGUAAAAAAAAAGAAAACGAAAACACCAUUGAUUGCAAGAAAGUACAGGUAUAAACCUCAGGUUUUUUAUUUUUCACUCCAGAACAAAAAUAAUAAUAAUAAUAAUGCGUGCGUAGGGGAAAAAAAAACUCUGCCACAAAUCUUAUACUAAAAAAUUUAAAUGAUCACUCGGACAGCGUGCUAUAUAUAUAUUGUUUUGAUUUUUUUUAAAAAAUGACAUGAUUAGGAAUGUGCUGGUUAUUUGGGACAUCUAUCUGUUCAGGGUUUUUUUUUUUGGGAUGAGUUCUGUCACAUCUUUCAAUAAAAAAAAUAUUCAAAGAA